UCAUUUCAUUUCCACGCCAACCAUCGUGCGCCGCAGUUUGAACGCUCCUGCCACAGCAAGAAGAAAAGCCAGGAAAAUCGAAAUCAAAAUCUCGUGCCUGUGUGCUCUUUCUGCAAUUGAUUUUUUUUCGAAAGUAGUGCAAAACAAUAACCGUUGAGUUGACAACUACAACUACAGCUUUGGCCGAGCAGUAACAACAACAAGCGAAUCUCAAACGAAAUACGGCAGCGACGACGAAGACGCCAGCGUUUAUUUAUUAACAAAAACCGAUUACAUUACAACAACAACCAACACGAAAGUCCUGGACCACCGGAGAGUGUGUGAGCGAGAAAGCCAGAGUGAGAGAGUGUGCAAGAAGGAGCGCCGUGAGAGCGCGCGCGCGUACAACAAGGAUUUCCAAGCAAACGAAACAAAAAAAAACUUAGCGAAUUAAUUCACUUCACAAACAGCAAAAACAACAAAUAUCCUCCCCCAAAAACAACAACACACACACACUCGCUCUCUAAACUAUAACAAGUCGUGCCAACCAAUUCUAACUCCUCGAAUCUUCCCGAUCCCACCACCCAGUGGACUUUAUGAUGGCAAAUACCGGAGCCGGUGGUGGAGUGGAAACACAGACGCAGCUUAUGCAGAGUGCAGCGGCCGCCGCUGCGGUGGCGGCAACAAAUGCGGCCGCCGCUCCCGUACAGAAUGCGGCCGCCGUGGCCGCUGCCGCCCAGCUGCAGCAGCAACAGGUGCAGCAGGCGAUCCUGCAGGUGCAGCAGCAGCAGACACAGCAGGCUGUGGCCGCGGCCGCUGCCGCCGUCACCCAGCAGCUCCAGCAGCAGCAGCAGGCCGUUGUGGCGCAACAGGCGGUGGUGCAGCAGCAGCAACAGCAGCAGCAGCAGCAGGCGGCGGCGGUGGUCCAGCAGGCGGCUGUCCAACAGGCAGUCGUACCUCAGCCGCAGCAGGCGCAGCCCAAUACCAACGGCAAUGCCGGAUCGGGUGCCCAAAAUGGCAGCAACGGCAGCACAGAGACGCGCACCAAUCUCAUUGUCAACUACUUGCCGCAAACAAUGACCGAGGACGAGAUCCGUUCGCUCUUCUCCAGCGUCGGCGAAAUUGAGUCGGUGAAGCUGAUACGCGACAAGUCGCAGGUCUACAUCGACCCCCUCAACCCGCAGGCGCCUAGCAAGGGCCAAAGCCUGGGCUACGGAUUCGUCAACUACGUCCGGCCGCAGGAUGCCGAGCAGGCUGUCAAUGUGCUGAACGGUCUGCGUCUGCAGAACAAGACCAUCAAGGUGUCGUUUGCCCGCCCAUCGUCGGAUGCCAUCAAGGGCGCCAAUCUGUAUGUGUCGGGGCUGCCGAAGACGAUGACCCAGCAGGAACUGGAGGCCAUCUUCGCCCCCUUCGGAGCCAUAAUCACGUCGCGCAUUCUGCAGAAUGCCGGCAACGAUACGCAGACCAAGGGCGUGGGCUUUAUACGAUUCGACAAGCGGGAGGAGGCCACCCGAGCCAUUAUCGCGCUGAACGGCACAACGCCAUCAAGCUGCACGGAUCCCAUUGUGGUGAAGUUCUCCAACACGCCUGGCAGCACCAGCAAGAUCAUCCAGCCGCAGCUGCCCGCUUUCCUCAAUCCCCAGCUGGUGCGACGCAUCGGUGGCGCCAUGCAUACACCCGUUAACAAGGGACUGGCCCGGUUUUCGCCAAUGGCCGGCGACAUGCUGGACGUGAUGCUGCCCAAUGGACUGGGCGCAGCGGCGGCGGCGGCCACAACGUUGGCCAGCGGUCCAGGCGGUGCGUAUCCCAUUUUUAUCUACAAUCUGGCACCGGAAACGGAGGAGGCAGCCCUGUGGCAGCUAUUUGGUCCCUUUGGGGCUGUGCAAUCAGUGAAGAUCGUUAAGGAUCCCACAACGAACCAGUGCAAGGGCUAUGGCUUCGUCUCGAUGACCAACUACGAUGAGGCGGCCAUGGCCAUUCGGGCGCUCAACGGCUACACCAUGGGCAAUCGGGUGCUGCAGGUCAGCUUUAAGACCAACAAGGCCAAGUAGAGCGGGCCAAUUGGAAGUGGAUAACGAUGCAGCAGCACCCCCAAAACCAUUAUCCUGAAUCUAAACAUCCUGACACACCCACACCCACAAACCCACACACACACACACACACACAACACACAUAUAUAAAUAUGCAUGGUAUAACGGUAACUAAGCGCAACAAAACAGUAUGUGUAAAACACACACGAAAAACAAGAAAGUAACAGGCAGGAGAAAGUACUCUCUCUCUCUCUCCAUACGACGACACAACGAAACGGCGAAAACCCAAACCCCAAACUCCCCAAAAAACCAAUACCUUUUUAACUACAUAAAUAUCCCCCUCCAAUAUCCCCAAAUUGCCGGCCUAAAACGUUGCAAUAGCAAAAUUCUUCUUGUUUAGCAUUUAAGUAACAAAUCGUUAACUAAACGAAACAAACAAAAGAAAGGAGCUGCCUGGAGUUAAAACAGAAAAAGAGAGCAAAGCAAAAAAGCAAAAAAGCAGGGGGAGUGAGAAUGAACAAUGAGAUUAUAAAGAAAAAAUUGCAAUAUGAACAACACACUCUGGCAGCUGUGAAAAGGUCAAAGGUUGCCGCAGUCAAAUUACUCGCAAAGCAAAACAAAGAAAUCAACCAAACACACAUACACACAAAAAACUAAGACAAAUUUAACUUAACUAGCUAAAAAGAAAAUGAGAAAUUUUAAAAAUUUAUUAACCUUAAGUAAAACGCAGCAAUGAAAUCUUCCAAACAAAUGAAAACAAAAAACAAAUCUGUUAGUUACACUCCAAACUUUUCUACCAUAAAAACUUUGAAACUUAAUACAAAAAAAAAAAAAAGGAAACAAAACAGAAUUAAGAAAUUAGAGAAGUUCAGUGUCUAGGAUUUAUAAAUGGUGCUUAUAGGACAUCAGUUUGGCUUGAUCGAUGAGGGCGGGGCAAAAAGUAUUCGAGGGGCGAUCGAGAUGAUCGCGCGCAUAUAAUAUUUAUAUAUACAUAACAUGGAGGCUGCUACAGUAUUACAAGAAACAUAAAAACAAAAGCUACAUACUUAACAAACGAAUGGCGAACAGAGCACGUUUAAUAAUUCUAAAUAUAUAUCCAUAUGUAUGUGCGAUAUUUCUAUAUCUACCUAGAUAUACACUUAAAUAUAGAAGUUUAACGAAUUUUUUUAUGUUUUGUGUUUGUUUUCUACACUUAGAGAACGAAACCCGAUUGGAGCAAGCCAAACUCAUAUCCUGUAAGCACAACCAAACACAGUGAAAACUGAAAAAAUAUAUAGAAAACAUAUAGCAUGAUCAAGCGAAAGUUAGCGAACGGAAAACAAAAGUAAUACAAUAAUUUAUGCGCAAACUUGAAACGUUUUACUAAAGUAAAUAAUUGUUAGUGAAUAUUAAUACUGUAAUUGUGUGCGUGUGCACCUGUGUUGCAGGUAUGUAGUCCACUAUAUACAGGCACAUGCAGGCGUAGGCACACCCUAUAUACUUUAUAUAUUGUAUAGUUCAAGGAGCAAGUUAGCAUAAACAAAAAUAUUAACAAAAUACUUGCUAAACCAAAACAUUUUUAGCGUUUAAACAAAGCGUAGCACAAACAAUUUACUAAAAACAAAAAGGUACAGCAGCAACACAACCAUUUUUUAUAUGAGAACAGUUUAAAACAAAGUAAAAACAAAAAAAAAAAAGCAAUGGAAAAAAAUUAAUUAAGGGUGUAAAAAAAGCAUUAGCAAACCGAUUUCUCUAGCCAAGUAAGUGAACAGAGAAUAAAGGGAAGGGAUACAUAUAGACGAGGAUACCUUCCAGCACAUCCUACAUUUAUAAUAUCCCAUAAACCCCAUGUCCAAACCUAAAACUUUUGUGCAAUUUUUGCGUUACUUUAUGAGUUGAACUUCUGUAAAUUUUUCUUCUUUUUUUUUUGUAUCUUUUUGAUUGUUAUAGCGAGAGAUUGAGACACACACCGAACACACAUAAAUAUCUACAUAUAUAAUUUCGAUUCUGGAUUCUAUAUUCCGUAUUUAAAUUAAGUUUUGUUUGAUUUCUUUGUUUGCUUUGUAUACGAAUUAAAAUUGAUAAUAGGAUCCUGCAUCCAGUCCAUAAAACCAGUCCGACCCAACCAUGCAUAUUUAUACGAAUGAUUUGUGUUUGAUUUGUUUAUAAAGUUAACCUAAGAUGACACAACCCCAACCGAUUUUGAGUUCUCUCUCUCCAAAUAGCAUAAAUUCUAAACCUAAGAUUCAAAAAGCAUUGAACAGAAGCCGAAAAGCGAAAUAGAAGUGGAAUUAACUUUGAUUAUUAUUACGAUACCUAGCGCUAUGUGUAAUCAGAUAUAUAUAUAUAUAUCUCCCUAACUAUAAUUAUUUUUUUGUAUAACUAUAGGCCAACAAAGAAAUCUUUUUUUUUUUGUUUGAACAAAAUUCGCAACAAGAAAUCUAGUCAGAAGAUGGAAAAGAAGAAGAUUACGAUGAAAAGGAGCAAGAACUUUCGAGGCAGCCGCAUAUAGGGAUGUAUGGUAGAUCAAACCAAAAGAACUAUGGCAAUUUCUAGCUAAUGAAACAAUCGAUUGAAGCGGCCUGCUCUCCCCUUUCCAAAGAUUUAGCCCCUCGAAACCCUCAAAAAAAGAAGGGAGCAAAGCAAAGGGCAAGCAUCAAGUCUGAAUGGGGAAUCCCCAACUUUGACUUGCUGCUUCUCCGGAUAUAUUUGCAAUACAUUUUAUACAAUCUGCUAGUUUAUUUAUACACCCACAUAAGAACACACACACACACACACUAUAGGACAGGACAACAGGGAGAAAAUCCUGUAGAAGCGAAGAUUAUGUACUUGAUUUUGUUUAAUUUGUAUUUCUGUCAUCACAUACUCUCACACACAACACACUCACAUAUAUAUGUAUAUUCAAUAUUUAAUUUAAUUAACUAAUCCUUUACUAUAUAUACUUAUAUUUUUUGUCAUCAAUGAUCUAAUUAAUUGUAUUAAUUCUAAUUCUUGUGCAAUAGUUUUAAAAUGCAACUAACGGCAAAACAACAGUAACAAAUUUUCAUGCAUCUCAAACUAUAAAUUACAAAUUAUAAUUUUAUUAAGAGAAGAAAAUGAGAAGCGAAAAAUGGAAUCUAUUACGAAUAUGUAACUUAAAACUAUCAUUAUUCUAUAUACCGCAAAAUGAAAAACAAAAGCAAGCCACAGCAAACUAAAAAAAAAAAUUUAACAAAAUAUACAACAAUUAUUUUUUAAGCGAAUUAGAUAUGUAUUUCGCGUACAUAUAUUUAUAUCUCAUCAUUUUUCUUUACAUAUUUAGUUAAGUAAGCAAAGAACCAAGAAAACAAAUGGAAACGAAACAAAAACAUUAUUUAUUGUAUUUUUAUAAUUACGUAAUU